AUGCACAUCAAGACUCUCACCAUCCAGGGCUUCAAGUCCUAUAGAGACCAGAUUGCCGUAGAACCCUUUUCACCACAUCACAAUGUCGUCGUCGGUAGGAAUGGUUCGGGCAAGUCCAACUUCUUCUCGGCCAUUCGAUUUGUUCUUUCUGAUGCAUACACCUCCAUGUCUCGUGAGGAACGACAAUCACUCCUGCACGAUAGCUCCAGCUCCACCUCAGCAACCCUCUCCGCAUUCGUAGAGAUUGUCUUUGACAACAGCGACAACCGUUUCCCUACCAACGGAACCGAAGUCAUCCUCCGCAGAACCAUCGGUCUCAAGAAGGAUGAAUACAGUAUCGAUCGCAAGUCAGCCUCCAAAGCCGACGUUGCCAACCUUCUCGAGUCGGCUGGCUUCUCUCGCAGCAAUCCAUACUACAUUGUACCGCAGGGUCGAAUCACUCACCUCACCAACGCCAAAGAUCACGAACGUCUCGGCUUGCUCAAAGAGGUAGCAGGUACUCGAGUUUACGAACAGCGCAGAGCAGAGUCCAUCAAGAUCAUCGAAGACACUAGCGCCAAACGAUCCAAGAUCGAUGACCUUCUCGAAUACAUCCAGAACCGUCUUCGCGAGCUCGAUGAUGAGAAGGAGGAGCUUCGUGAAUACUACGAAAAGGAUCGAGAGCGCAGGUGCAUCGAAUACAGUCUCCACCAACGAGAGCUCACCGAAUGCGCAGAGCUGCUCGAGAAGCUUGAAGAUGAGCGAAGACGCGAUGUGGAUGCUUCCAAUGUCCGAAGGUCCGAGUUCAACGAGCGCGAGAAGCUACUUGCACGACUCGAGGCCGAACUCGCCGCGACCGGUCAAACCAUCGAGCAACGCAACCUCGAAAAGAACCAGCUCGAGCAGGAGAGACGAGACAUUGCCAAACACCUCGCUCAGAUCGAGUCACUCGUCGAAGAGCUCGAAGAGGAUGGCGAGAAGCGAGCCGAUCGACGUGGUGCUCUCGAAGCCGAGCUCGGUCGUAUUCGCACCGAGAUUCAGCAGAAGCAAACUCAACUCGACCAGCUCCGACCCAAUCUCGACACUCUCCAAGCUGAAGCCGAACAGCUCCGUGCCACCUUCGAAGAGACCAAGGCCCGUAUCUCUGCUCUCUACUCCAAGCAAGGUCGAUCAGCUCAGUUCCGUACCCAGCGCGAUCGUGACGAGUACCUACGCUCUCAGAUCGGUGCCCUUGAUCAGUUCCUGCGUUCGCAGCAAACACGUAUCGACGAGACUGCUCGUGAGCGUACCAACAUCACCCAACGACGCAACGCCGCCUUGCAAAAGAUCGACGAGAUCGAAAGCAACCUCGACGGUCGUAAAGAGACCUUCCAGCAGCUCGCAACCGAGUAUGCAGCCAAACAAGCUCGCCGCGAUGAGCUCUCGGAAACACGCAAAGAUUUGUGGAAGGAGGAGGAGUCGCUUCGAUCCUCGCUUGCCUUUGCUGGCAAUGAGCUUUCCAAUGCCCAGCGCAAGCUUGCUGGUAUGAUGGACAAAGCCACCGUUCAAGGUCUGCUCGCUGUUGAGAAGAUCGCUGCUAGCUUGGGACUUGAGGAUAAUGUCCGGGGUCCCAUCUACCAGCUUUUCUCUGUGGAUGAUAAGUACAAGACUGCCGUGGAGACGACUGCCGGUGCCUCUCUCUUCCAUGUCGUCGUCGACACUGACGAGACUGCAAGCAAGCUUCUCGAAGUGAUGAACCGCGACAAGAGCGGCCGAGUCACCUUUAUGCCUCUCAACCGUCUUCAUCCUAAAGAGAUCGAUUUCCCCGCAACACAGGAUGCCAUCCUCAUGGUCAAGAAGCUUCAAUUCGACAGGGCACUUGCUCCUGCUUUUCAGCAGAUCUUCGGUCGCUGCAUCAUCUGCCCCAACCUCGAGAUCGCUGCCGCUUACGUUCGCAGUCAUGGCGUCAAUGCAGUCACUCUCGACGGUGACAAGGUUGAGCGCAAGGGUGCUCUAUCCGGUGGUUAUCAUGAUCCCAGACGUAGCCGAUUGGAUGCAGUCAACGAGGUACGCAAGUGGAAGACGCAGAGCGAGCACGACACAGCCAAGCAGAACGAAAUCCGACGUCGACUCACGGAGAUCGAGCAAGAGAUCACUGCGCUUGUCGGUGAAAUGUACCAGCUACAGCACCGAAGAGAUGACGCAAGAAACUCGCGUGGUCCUUUGCUUGAAGAGCUGCAAUGGGCUCGUACCGAAGCCGAGGAUCUGGCUCAACGAUUGCAGAGCAUCGAGCGACGUGAAGCUAAUCAGAGUUUGGAACUCAGAGCGAACCAGACCAAACGUGCUGGCCUUGAAGAGGAGUUGCGUACACCCAUGACUCAAGGUCUAACACGACAAGAACUGGCUCAACUCGAAGCGCUCAAUGCACAAGAAGAUCAGCAGAAGCGAGAGCUAGCCGAUAAAGCCAAUGCUCUGGCUGAGCUUAGCAAGCGUCGUUCGAUUCUCGAGAUUGAUCUCUUCGAGAACUUGCGCAGACGGAGGGAGGAGAUUGGAUCGCAACUCGAAGCGCUUGGAGAGUCACUUGGUGGUGAUGAUGCGGGUACUGCUUCUGGUGUUCAAGAUAUUUCGGCACGCAAGCGCGAGAUUGAUGCCUUGCGACGCCGUAUUGCUGAUCGGGAGAAGCGUAUCAAAGCAAUCGAGAAGGAACUCGACCAACUCAUGCAAUCCAUUCAAGAUACGCAAGGCAACUACGACAAGACCAAAGGCGAUCAAGCCGAAGAGGCGCGUAGCAUCGCACGUCAGCAGAAGAACGUCGAACGAUAUCUCAGCAAGCGUUCGCGUCUUGUCGAACAACGCGAUCGAUGCAACCAAGACAUUCGUGAUCUUGGUGUUUUGCCGGAAGAAGCGUUCGAGAAGUACAUCAACACGAAUCCCGAUCGACUUGUCAAAAACCUACACAAGGUGAAUGAGAGUUUGAAGAAGUUCUCCCAUGUCAACAAAAAGGCGGUUGAACAGUACAACUCGUUUACCAAACAGCGAGAUCAGCUUUUGGAGAGACGAGGAGAGUUGGAGCAGAGUGCAGAAAGCAUUCAAGAGCUGAUCGAUGUUUUGGAUCAGAGGAAAGAUGAGGCUAUCGAACAAACUUUCAAACAAGUCAGUAGAUACUUUGAAGAAGUGUUUGAAAAGCUUGUUCCAGCUGGAAGAGGUAGGUUGAUUAUGCAACGAAGAGUUGAUCUUGCGCCUACCACCACUGGCGCCGCGGAGGAAUCGGAAGAAGAAGGCGCACGUGGUCAAGUGGAGAACUAUACCGGAGUGAGCAUCAAAGUUUCUUUCAACUCGAAACAUGACGAAGGACUACGUAUCCAGCAGUUAUCUGGUGGACAGAAAUCCUUGGUGGCAUUGGCGACGGUGUUUGCGAUCCAAAAAUGCGAUCCUGCACCUUUCUACCUCUUUGAUGAGAUCGAUGCGAAUCUCGAUGCACUCUAUAGGACGGCGGUGGCGAAUAUGAUCAGGGAGCUGGCGGAGAAUGCUCAAUUUAUCACGACAACAUUCAGACCAGAGAUGGUUCAGGUGGCCAGGAAGCAUUACGGUGUACUGUUUGAUGUGAACAAGGUUAGUAGUAUAAGGAGUAUCAGUAGGGAUGAGGCGAAUGAGUUUGUAGAGGCUGCGGCUACCACUGAGCCUGCCAGGUAG